CUGAUCCUGCAGAAGGUGGAGAAUGGAGACCUGAGCAACAAGAUACUGAAGAUCACUGAUUUUGGCCUGGCUCGGGAAUGGCACCGAACCACUAAGAUGAGUGCAGCAGGGACUUAUGCCUGGAUGGCUCCUGAAGUCAUUCGUGCCUCUACGUUUUCCAAAGGCAGUGACGUGUGGAGCUAUGGGGUGCUGCUUUGGGAGCUGCUGACUGGCGAGGUGCCCUUCCGAGGUAUUGAUGGCUUAGCAGUGGCUUAUGGAGUGGCCAUGAACAAACUUGCCCUUCCUAUACCUUCUACCUGCCCAGAACCUUUUGCCAAACUCAUGGAAGACUGCUGGAAUCCCGACCCCCAUUCACGACCAUCUUUCACGAGUAUCCUGGACCAGCUAACCACCAUAGAGGAGUCCGGUUUCUUUGAAAUGCCCAAGGACUCCUUCCACUGCCUGCAGGAUGACUGGAAACAUGAGAUUCAGGAGAUGUUUGACCAACUCAGGGCCAAAGAAAAGGAGCUCCGCACCUGGGAGGAGGAGCUGACGCGGGCUGCACUCCAGCAGAAGAACCAGGAGGAGCUGCUCCGGCGCCGGGAGCAGGAGCUGGCCGAGCGGGAGAUCGACAUCCUGGAAAGGGAGCUCAACAUCAUCAUCCACCAGCUGUGCCAGGAGAAGCCCCGGGUGAAGAAACGCAAGGGCAAGUUCCGGAAGAGCCGGCUGAAGCUCAAGGAUGGCAACCGCAUCAGCCUUCCCUCUGAUUUUCAGCACAAAUUCACGGUGCAGGCCUCCCCAACCAUGGAUAAAAGGAAAAGUCUUAUCAGCAGCCGCUCCAGCCCUCCUGCAAGCCCCACCAUCAUUCCUCGCCUUCGAGCCAUCCAGUUGACACCAGGUGAAAGCAGCAAAACCUGGGGCCGGAGCUCAGUCAUCCCAAAAGAGGAAGGGGAAGAGGAGGAGAAGAGGGCCACAAAGAAGAAGGGACGAACAUGGGGGCCAGGGACACUUGGGCAGAAGGAGCUUGCCUCAGGGGAUGAAGGAUCCCCUCAGAGGCGUGAGAAAGCUAAUGGCUUAAGUACCCCAUCAGAAUCUCCACAUUUCCACUUGGGCCUCAAAUCCCUGGUAGAUGGAUACAAGCAGUGGUCGUCCAGUGCCCCCAACCUGGGAAAGGGCCCGAGGAGUAGCCUGGCACUGCCAGGGUUCACCAGCCUUAUGGAGAUGGAGGAUGAAGACAGCGAAGGCCCGAGGAGUGGAGAGAGUCGUCUACAGCAUUCACCCAACCAGUCCUACCUCUGUAUCCCGUUUCCUCGUGGAGAGGAUGGGGAUGGCCCCCACAGUGAUGGAGUCCAUGAGGAGCCCACCCCAGUCAACUCAGCCACCAGUACCCCUCAGCUGACACCAACCAACAGCCUCAAGCGCAGCGGUACCCAUCACCGCCGCUGUGAGGUGGCUCUGCUUGGCUGUGGGGCUGUCCUGGCAGCCACAGGCCUAGGGUUUGACUUGCUGGAAGCUGGCAGGUGCCAGCUGCUUCCCCCAGAGGAGCCCGAGCCACCAGCCCGGGAGGAGAAGAAGAGGCGCGAAGGUCUUUUCCAGAGGGCCAGCCGUCCUCGACGGAGCACCAGCCCCCCCUCCCGAAAGCUCUUCAAGAAGGAAGAACCCAUGCUGCUGCUGGGGGACCCCUCCGCUUCCCUGACGCUGCUCUCUCUCUCCUCCAUUUCUGAGUGCAACUCCACCCGCUCCCUGUUGCGCUCCGACAGCGAUGAGAUUGUGGUGUACGAGAUGCCAGUCAGCCCCGUCGAGGCCCCGCCCCCGACCCCGUGCACCCACAACCCCCUGGUCAAUGUCCGUGUGGAACGCUUCAAGAGAGACCCUAACCAGUCCCUGACUCCCACCCAUGUCACCCUCACGGCCCCCACGCAGCCGAGUGGUCACCGGCGGACUCCUUCUGAUGGAGCCCUUAAGCCUGUAGCUCUCCAAGCCAGCAGGAGCCCCUCCAGCAAUGGGUUGAGCCCCAGUCCUGGAGCAGGAAUGUUGAAAACCCCCAGUCCUAGCCGAGACCCAGGUGAAUUCCCCCGGCUCCCUGACCCUAAUGUGGUCUUUCCCCCAACCCCAAGGCGCUGGAACACACAGCAGGACUCUACCUUGGAGAGACCCAAGACUCUGGAGUUUCUGCCUCGCCCACGUCCCUCUGCCAAUCGGCAAAGGCUAGACCCUUGGUGGUUCGUGUCCCCCAGCCAUGCCCGCAGCGCCUCCCCAGCCAACAGCUCCAGCACAGAGACACCCAGCAACCUGGACUCCUGCUUUGCUAGCAGCAGCAGCACUGUGGAGGAGCGGCCUGCACUUCCAGCCCUGCUCCCAUUUCAGGCAGGGCCGCUGCCCCCCGCCGAGCGGACGCUUCUGGACCUGGACGCAGAGGGGCAGAGUCAGGACAGUACCGUGCCGCUGUGCAGAGCUGAACUGAACACACACAGGCCUACUGCUUAUGAGAUCCAGCAGGAAUUCUGGUCUUAGCAUGAAAAGGGGCAUGGGCAGGCAAGGGGGAAGCAGGAGGAGAUGGAGGGAGCUGGCUGGCACAGCCCUUUCUCAGAAUUGGGCCCCCUGAGAUCCAGCCCUACUUCUUGCACUGAAAAUGCACUUUGAAGAUGGAAGGGAUGGAAACAGGGCCACUUCAGAGGGUCUCCUGCCCUGCAGGGCCUUUCUACUCAUGUCCACUGGAGGGGCUGCGGCCAUCAGCUCUGGCUGUGUAGGGGAGGGAGGGGCGCGUGCAUGUCCCCCACCCUCCACAGUCUUCCUCGCCUUUAGGGUGACCCUGCAGAGUCAUCCAGCCAAAUCUGUCUGCUGCUUCUUCUCCUCAGCCAGUUGGGUAUGCCCAGAGUUGGCCUGGGGGGGUCCCUUUGUUAGCCCUGAGUUCAACCUUCCCACACACCAGUAUUGGAUGUUCUGUGAUUGAUUUUGCUACUCGUCCACUCCCCCUCAGCAUCUGUGAAUUGGAGUCUCUUUUGAUGUGAGAUGUGAGCUAUCCUGUGUCCCAAGCCCUUUUGUGCCAGCUGAGGACUGGGGGCAAGGUAGCCCAGUGUGGAAGCAUAAGGGCGGAUGGACCUGGCACUACCUACCUGCACUUCCAGGUCCUCCGUCUAUGUAUCUGAGCACACAGGUGGUAAGAGGAACAGGCUCAGUGAGAAUCCAGGAAAGGGGAGGGAGUUAGGGAAAGUAUAGCCAGGUUGCAGCGAGGAGGGUGGUGGAGUCUAUCCUUGUUUGUUUGUUUGUUGGAAACACUCAAGGGCAGAAACCAGCAUCUGUUGCAGGGCCCCCAUCUGCCUUCCUGGGGUCAGAAUACGGUCACACCAUGUGCUGAAACAAACAUAUGCUCAUCCCAGGAAUAGCUGCUUGGUCUGCUUCCUGGUGCCAGUUCUGAAGUCAGAGAGUUUUGUGUUCAUCCCUUUGGUUGUCAGAUCUUUAUGUGUUACGCCCUUCCUUUGGUCUUCCCACUAAUCCCUGCAAUCAGUGGGCUUCAGGUCAUGUGGUUGGUUGGUAGAUAUCUCCUGGUUGCCCCAGAACUGGGGUGAUCCCUAGACGCUGGGAGUUGGAAUGGUGGAGAUUCCUUCUCCAUUCAUUUUUGUGACAUCCAAGCCAUUCGUAAUACCCUUUGUAAAUGGAUAUGGCACAGUGAUGCUGUUUAUAAGGUGUUCAGUGAGCCGUUGAUGUAUAGCCUUCAAGUCCCAAGGACUGGAAACUGACCAAGGCCACCUCUGUCUCUGUGCAGUUAGCUCUCAUGCUGUGCUCUGCACCACGAGCUGGGUAGAAAGGACAACAGGAACCCACCCUGACUUGUUUGGCAUUUGUUUCCUGGAUGUGAAUUUGUUUCCUGGAUGUGUCGAGCUUUAGCAAAAACUUUCUCAUGUAUUUCUUCACUGUCUUCCUCUGAGGCUUCCGGUGUUGUAUGUGAACGGUGAUCUUCCUGUGGCAAUAACAGCCUGAUUAGAAGUACAGCCCUCAGGUCCUGCUCCUCUUCCCUCAAGACUGUAAAUGUUGCUCUACUGCCUUUUUUGUGUGUGUGAAAUAUUCUGUGGUUGGAGGUCCGUCUGCAGGUUCCUUGUCUGUUGUCUGGAUGCCAGAAUGGGGAGCUGGUGCAGCUGGCACCAGUGGCAAAUCUGGUCAUUGCUCUUUGUCUGUAACUAUGACAGAAGUCCUGCCCUGCGGAGGACUAAAGAGGGGACCUUGCUUCUCACUUGUUCCCUGCUUUAUGAGCCCAUUUGCCCUCUGGUUCAAGGGCCCUUCCAAGGCUUGGGGGGCCCCUGGCUCCUGGUGUUGUCACCCAGGAUUUUGUUACUGCAUCUCAUCUCUCUCCUUCUUUUGGUCAGUGAAGUCGAUGUGUAACAGAUUAUUGUUAUUAUUUCAGUGCUGGGGAUUGAAACCAGGGCCUCACCCAUGUCAGACAAGGGUUGUACCAUGGAGACCUGUCCCCAGCCCUGUGUGAGAUUACGUUUGCCCCCAUACCCUUCUCCUCAGCUAGGAGAGGAAAAAAUGUGAAUCCUGUGAGCAGUUUGAGCCAACCCAUGAGGACGAUGAGCUUCCCUUGGACCCUCGAAAACCUCAGCCCCUAAGUCAUGAACAUGACUUGUAUACCCUUGGCUCCCUUAGGGAGGCUUCAGUCCAUGGGUGAUGUGAACCAUGCUGGCUCUAAACCUGCUCUGUUGCUCUUUUUUUUUUUUUUCCACUUUUUCCAUUUUGUUAGUUUGCAGCCAUCCUUCUUGGAUAGACUAGUGUGAUGGAUAUAGCGUAAACUGUGAGACAGCCACCUGCCCUUGAGUGAGGGUUCAAUCCAGUUUUUAUUCGUCCUUGCAGUGGAAACACAAAGGAAAGCUGGGUCUUUACUAAGGACAUACUUGUACCUGAAAGAAGUGAAAGCAGGGUUAUUCUAAAGAGGCUGCUGGGAGUCUGCGUGGGCGGAGAUAGAGGAGUUACCAUCUCAGUUCCUCCAAGCCUGCUCUUCUGGGGCCCUGCCUGCCGCACUCUCUGGGCAGGGCUGAAGGGGGCGUAGAGAUCUAGAUAGUAUUAGUUGGAGUGAGGUUUUUUUGUCCACUCAGGUUUCCUUGCUCUCUGAUCGUGGUCAGGAGCAGGCUUGAAGCUGUGAAGGAAGCCACGUGAGCAGCCAGAGCCAGCCUCCCCCUUUCCCUGUCCUCCUCUCUCCUCAGAGGCUUCUGUCCUGCUCUUACCAGGUGUCACUACAUGGAAGACGGUGAUGGGAAUGGGUAGUAUGUGCUCUGCACCAUCUCCUUGGAUCUUUCAACUCCUAUUGCUAAUUCUAAACUCAAUUGUCCUCCAGUGUCCCCUUGGGGGGGAUCCAAACAGCUGCCACAAGCUCAACAGAUGUCCAAGCUAUCCUUUGUUGCCUACCCCCCUCCCCCCGCCCCAUAAGGCUUUGGUGGAUGCUCUUAACUUAGCAUCCUUUGACACUCCCAGAGUCUGGCAGUAACAAUGAUAACAAGAACAUCCUACAUUUGAGCAACUCGGAAUAGUGCUAGCUGGCUUUGCCUCCUGAUCUUUACAGAGUGGCGUCAUUUUCCUUCUACAUUUGAUAUGCUGUCUGGAACAGAAGGGAAGAAUGCUUGAAGAAGAUGAUUCGAAUGAAGAGAAAUUAAAAGACCGUGGGGACUGAUUGCCAAGUCAGGCCACCAGGCUCUGAGGCUGAGCAAGUUAGCUGUUCCCAUCCUGCUGUUGCUGAGUGACCUCAGGCUUGUCCCUUAGCCCCUCUGGGUUCCCUUCCUUUAAAAGCUGUUAUCAUAUGCUUCCUUCAAAAGGGCAGUGGGAGUCUCUGGAUCAGAGAAGGGCAGUGAGGCGCUGGCUCCCUGCCAGCUCCUAGAGGAAGCUUUCUCCACCUCUGCAGAAUGAAUUGGCUGAAGUUGACUGUGGUCCUUGCCACCUGGCCUUAGGGGAUUUUGCUUUUGUUUUAUCCUUUGGCUUCUGGAAGAGGAGAGGUUUGGAGCUGGCUUAGUGUGACUAAUGGGCCCCAUGGCCAGCACAUGCUCUGCGACCACUUUAUGUAGCACUUGGUGCUGACCAACAUCUUUCCCUAACCCCCACUUUACCUGGAAGGCUGGCUGUUCUCACCAUUUGUGUCUUAACGAGGAAGAAAUGGGAAGUGGCAGGUUGGGCCAGCAUCUGAGUGACCGUUUGCUCUCUCUUAAUUUGGGGGGAUCACUGACACAGUCUGAUUUGACAAGAGCCACCGUCUGAUAUGAUAAGGCCAGUUCCUGCUGGAGAAUCUUGGGAAAGGGUCCCCUUGCCUGUGGGACGUCUGCAUCAUGGGAUGGGGUUCCUCACAAAGCCCCUUUCCCCCAGGCCACUGUUGCUCAGGGACACAAGAAGACACCCCCUUUACAUCUAACAUUCUUAACUCAUAAAGUUCACUUUUUCUUGCUCCGGCUGAACCCCAGGAGGUCUACUACUAAUCUACAUCCCCAGCCCUUUUUAUUUUUUAAUUUUCAGACAGCGUCUUACUACAUUGCCCAGGCUGGCCUUGAGUUUGUGACCCUCCUGCCUCAGCCUUCAGAGUCCUUGGGAUUGCCCUGACCACAGAGCAAAGAGCAGCUGGUGCUGAUGACUAGAUGGCUGUGAGGGUUUAACUCAGGGUUGAAAUAGCCAUCUGUCUGGUGGCCCCCCAUGAGUGCAGAGCCUUGCACUUUUCCUGAUGUGUUUAUUUGAGCCUGUGCCUGGGAUUGGGGUUGUGAGGGGACCAGGUCAGAUGGUUGGAGACACUCAACCAUUUCUGGAAAGACUUAAGAGAAGAAGCAAGUCUAGCUGCUUGUGCACUGCUAGACAUUUCCUGAGGACAUCACCAGAUUGUGAACCUGGGGCAGAGGUGAGUGUAACCCUCCCGUGCAUUCUGAACACAAGGAAACCUUGUUGUAAGAACCUGGUAAUAUGAGCUGUCCACUUAUUAGCUAUAAAUUUGCAAAUGUCUUUCUCUCUCUGGACCUCAGAAGCCCAACUGAACUGGAAUAUGGCUGCCUUCCCGAGCUGAAGCCCUUUAACUUUAAAAUGUAUGAUCCUAGCCAGGCACCGUAGCAUGCACUUUCAGUCCCAUCUACAGAGGAGGCUGAGGCAGGAUGAUUGCUGGAGCCCAGUAGUUUGGGAUCAGCCUAAAAACAUAUUGGGACUCCGUCACUUAAAUGUGUGGUCCUGGAGCUCCAAGUCCAACAGUGAUAGGCCUUACCUUGCUAGAUUGCUUCCCUUGGUGGAGAAAAGAAUGUGUGUGACUGUAUGUGUGGUCGUGGGUCAAAGGCAGCUGAACAUUGGCUACUUCAUGUAGCUCCCCCAUGCUUCAUAUGGGGUCUAUUGCCUCCUUGACUUGACUGGAGAAUGACUUCUUGUCAAGAUACAGUUAUUAUUAGGAGCACGUUUCCAAAUGUGUCUUUUUUUCAGGCAAAAUGAUGUUUUUCUAGAGCCAGAAUUCACACCUGUAAUCCCAGUGACUCGGGAGGCUGAGUGGGGAGGAUCAUAAGUUUGGAAUCAGCCUUGGUAACUUAGUGAGACCCUUUAUCAAAAUAAAAAAAAUAAAGAGGAAACUUAGUGGUAAAGAUCUCCUGGGUUUAAUCCCUAGUACCAAAAGAAAAAAAUGAGGAAUUAAUUCAAAUUAACAAAAACCCACAUAUAAAAGCAAACCCCAUUACUCCUUCUGAGGAGACCUCAGGCCCAGUGUUUCCCCUGGCAUUGCCACCUGGAUGCUCUCCACCUCGGGUGCUGGUGUUGGAAGGUGGGAGGUCAGAGCUGAAACCCUGCUUGAUUCAUAGGUGCCUAAUUAGCCGGACCCAACCCCCAGGCUUCUGAUUGGCUCUGCAGGCCAGAGGAGUCUCAUUGAUUUUCUCAGGUUGUUUCUAAGUAUUCUCUUCAUACCCAUGAGCUGUCCAUUUCUGUUGCUGGAUGGACCCUGACCUCCCUAGAUGCCUGGGGAGCCCUGGUCUUGGCUCUUCAGAAUGUUGCAUUCUUUUGCUGAGCUCAAGCCCGUAGGACUCGUCCUUCCUGAUUCUUGCUACCCGUGCUUUCUGCAUCCAUCCACUCUAUUGAAACUGCUUUGGAAUUUGAGCUGAAAACUCCAGGCUCAGAGCCCAGCUGGUAACCAGAGCUGGGAGCCUUUCCAUACAUCUCUUUUCCCUCUGGAAACAGACCCCCACUUCCCCCUCACCCAUCUUCCCUCCUGACUUGUCUGACCUUCUCUUCCUGCAAACACCCACUUCUUAGUUUUACUAGACUGAUUAGCAGGCGUGGAUGUGACAACUGGAUCGGUGUCUCAGGAUGGGAUACUGGACUAUAAUUCCAGGGGUUCAAAGACAAGACUUUCCCAUUAGGAUGUGUGGGGUGGGCCCCCUGACAUUCUGAACUCCUGGUAAGCAAAGGCCCCAUGGACGGGGUGUUUACUUGUUCUGUCCUAGCUGAAGUUCAGGUUCAGGUUUCAGAAGUAAUGUGUUGCCCACAUUUCUGAAGUCUUCAGCAGCAUCGUGAAGCAGAUUUUGUAUUUUCUUUUCUUUUUUUUUUUUUUCUUUCCUGGACGCCCUUUCCCUGAGUCCUGAGUGAGGCAGAAGCUCUCUGGGAAUGUUCACGCAUUGGCUUAACAACAGUGCAGCAUCCCGUUUUCCACCUGGGACCUGUAGUUGGAGGUGGCUUUUCCUUGGCUGCUCUUGAGGCUCUCUGAGGCUAAUAUGUAUGUGUGUGUGUGUGCGGGGGGGGGGCCGGUGGAGUGAUGGCAGCAGAGAGGGUCCUGUAGAUUCUCAUCUGAAACCUCAUUGGGAGAUCUUUGGAUUCCAGGAUUCAGAAGUGAAUGGAGAUUUUUCUGCCCUCACAUGUCAAGAGCAGUGAUCCCUAGCACUACGACUGAUAGGGAGCCUUUAAAGUGUUGCCUCCCCCCCAACCUCCCCUGCCCUCUACCAGAAUCUUCUUCACCACCAUUGUUAAACUCUGUCAUCUUUAUUUCAUUCUCACUAUUUAUUCAACCUCCCAUUUCAAAAGCCGUGUUGUCUGUGGCCCUUUUCUUCAUCUCCAUCAGACUGAGGCAUGAAUUUAUCCUGGCCUAGAUAUGGAGGCCAAUAAUAAACUAUAAGAAACCAAUAAGUUUCUGCUGCGUAGGAGGCAAUGUCCUCAGGAUUUAUGGACAUACAUUUUUUUGACUCCUUAUAGUAAUCCUGGGAGCUGGGUGUUACCCCCACCUAAGGCUGGGUCAACUGAAGCUCAGAUGGUUACAUGACCUGCUGGUGUCACAGCGGGAAGCAAGUUGCUGACUGAGACUAUUCUGAUGUCCUCUUUUUCUCCUCUGAGCACAAUUUCUAGGCCACUGCUCAGAAGCCCUGAAAUGAACUUAGCCUUGCUCAGGCCAACCUAGGCUUAGAGUUGUCUUCUGUCCAAGGAGGAGCUGUGUCCCUUGGCUCAUCUGCCAUCUGCCUGUGUGGCUGGACUCACCACCUCCCAUCGCUCAGCUGACUUCUCUGCUCCUGGCGGCUAACUCCGCCACCAUUUCCUCUCUAUUUUACUUCAGGGAUUUGUGUGGCACCCCAGAAGGCUGUGGACCUCUCUCCAGCCCACAGUUGCCCCAUUAUGGAUCUUCAUUACAACUUCACUCUACUUCUCUUUAUCUCCACUUGAGCUUGGAAGCCUGACUCUAGUGUGCCUCCUCCUGGGGAACUUGGAAUUAGGCCGUUGCCUUUGUGUCACAGUGAGCCACAGGCCUUUGGUAGCCAGCUAUAGCAAGCAGAUGAUAAACUCACCCACAUGCCCCUCUGCUUCCCCUCACUACCUAUUCUGCACGUUUGUCCACAACCACACUUGUCCACCCAGAGACAUAGCAUGGUCUAAGACUCUUUUUAAGAGGAUUUUAAGGAAGGGAGUUGGAGAUGGAUUUUACUUAGUUCACAGAAAUGCUUUCUUUGUGAUUUUCUUCUUAGGGCCUUUGAGUCCAGGUAAAGUGAAAGGUCCCAUAUGUGUUUGCUUUGUUCCUAUGUAAUUAGCGACUUGUUUUCAUCCCCAAAUCUUCUUUGCACCAAUGUCUUGUCCACGUGUCCUGACCCUGUGUCCUGAAUUUCCAUUUUUGCUUUAGGAUUUAAGUUAUUGUAUGUCAUGACAAUAUUUAAAAAUGGAAAAGUCCUGAAGGAAACUUAGUGGGUUCUUUUCUUUGUCUUUUUUCUUUCUUUCUUUUUCUUCUUUUUUUUUCCUCCUAUUUUCGAGGUACUGUAAAUUGUCAACUAGGGAUGCCAAGCAGGCUUGGUUCAAUGGCUAAACCUCUUAUUGUAUUACAGUGUAAUGCUGAUCUCAGCCUGGUCUCCACGCCAGAGCACACAGAGACUUGAAUAAAACUGUUAUAAUGAUUA